AUGUUCAAAAUGGGGUACUGCUGGACGGCGGCGAAGCAAGAGGUGUACGCCAAGUCUAUUAGCCGCAGCUUAUCAAACAAGUCCCUUGGCCGCUACUGUACGGUGGAACACCUUUCUGUGCUGAGAACGUUGUACAGCGCCAAUGUGACGGAGGCUAUUGCUCCUUACAUCAAAGAAGACUACAAUUUUGAGUAUUUGCGGGACAAUGCCAUUGAACUUCUUGGUAAACUGGACGAUGCGGCAUCGUUUAAGGCGCUCACAGAUGCCUUCAGCGAUGAGAGGGUACGCGUGGCCAUUUACGCGAUUCGACGUCGCCUUCGCGACCUCCCAACGUCGCGGAUUAUUGAGGUGCUUGAUGCACCAUUGCACUCCAAACUGGUGGCCGUGCAGAAGGUGGCCAUUCGGCACAUUGCCGACUUUGGCGAUGAGGCGGCCUACGCCGUGCUGCACCAGCUGCGGCAGGGCACAAUCCUGCACCCGGAUGUGGAAGCUGAGUGGCUGCGGGCCAUGUUCCGUUUCCUGGAGAUGCGGGAGACGUGGGACGUUCUCCUUUCCGCGGCGAAGAGCAGCAGUUGCGUGGUGGCUAUGACUCUCACCGGGGUGCCGGACGACACUCUGGUGGAGGACUGGCAGCACGUUUGUCUCAACCAUCUGUUUGCCCAGCUGCUGUCGCACGAGGACCCUUGUGUGGUUUUGACGCUCCUCAAGCGAUUGGAGAAGCGGCCGCUUCGUCGGGAUGCCGAGGUGGUGCCCUCGCUGUUCCACCUUUUGAAACUGCUCCCCAAUAAGGAGUUCCUGGGACCAAUUGUUUGUGCGCUGGCCUCCUCUUCCGCCGAUGUGAAUGACGUAGCCUCAGCCUUUGUGAGUGUUCGGCCGCAGUCGCAGCUGCACACUAUUGCAGACGUCAUUGUCAAGUUACCUUGGGAAGAUCAUGGCCGCUUUGAGUCCAUCGCUGUCGCGUUCUUCAAUGCCCUAUUGGAGAACCGCUGUCAGGCUGCGGCGGCGUGUCGACUCAUCUGCAAGCUGCUGAAGGACUUCAUGCGGCACCUCAAUGAGGUUCUCGAGAAGGGUCUGCUGCACGCCGGCGCGGUACAUGAAAUACUGCAACGCUUGCGGUGCAGCGUCGAGGAUGUCGCUGUCUGUGACGCUGCAGAGGAGCAACUGCGGCACCAUGCAAACCCCUACAUGCAGCGCAUUGGACUUGAGAUGCUUCGGUUGGCCGCCUCCUCCUCAUGUUGGAAUGAGAGACGCCGCAAGGCGCUGGGAGUCUACUGCAACGCCAGUGAUGCAUGGGUGAGGGAUGAUGCAAAUAUGUUAAACCUUCCAGCAGAAUGA